AUGAGUGAAACUUCUCUAUAUACAACUGAUCAGGAGGAGGAGGAGGAGGAGGAGGAUGUUGAAGGGAAAAUACAGUUGGGUCCUCAGUGCACUCUCAAAGAACAAUGGGAGAAAGAUAAGGAUGAUGAGAGCUUGAGGAGGUGGAAGGAACAACUUCUUGGCAGCGUUGAUAUCCAUUCUGUUGGAGAAACUUUGGAUCCAGAAGUUAAGAUCUUGAGCCUUGCCAUUAAAUCUCCUGGUAGACCUGAUAUUUUUCUUCCAAUUCCUGAGAAUGGAAAUCCCAAAGGCCCAUGGUUUACAUUGAAAGAAGGUAGCCGUUACAGCCUAAAGUUCACUUUCGAGGUCAGCAAUAACAUAGUAUCAGGGUUCAAAUAUACAAAUACGGUUUGGAAAACUGGUAUUAAAGUGGACAGCACAAAAGAAAUGAUAGGAACUUUCAGUCCUCAGUUAGAGCCUUACACACAUGAAAUGCCAGAAGAAACCACCCCUUCUGGGAUUUUUGCUAGAGGACCUUAUUCAGCUAGAACAAAGUUCCUUGAUGAUGACAACAAGUGCUACUUGCAGAUCAACUACACUUUUGAUAUUCGGAAAGAUUGGCAUUCUGCAACGUAAAUUGAGACAUGAAUGCCUGUAGUGCUGUUUAUUUGCCCUGUCCUCUUUUCCAGUCUUGAUUUUCAAUGUCAAUCUUGCCUGAAUUUGUUCCCAAAAAAUGCCAAAAGAAGAAAAAAAGAAAAGAAAAGAAAAGAAAAGAUUGCCUAAGAUUGACUAUUG